UGCUGGUCGAUGACACCUCUGGUUGAGGUCGCAAUCUGCGUUAAUGUGUCUCUAUGCACUUGUUCACCUCGGGAUGCAGCCUCUUCUUUGAGCGCAUAGGUUGAAAUGAGUUUUCGCAGCGCGACACUAAACCCGAUCACCUCACAGCAUCUGCAUCUUUUACUCGUUAUUGUUCCCUUCUCCACUUUUGAGUGAAGAUGAUCCGCAUUCAUAACCCUCACCACGUACCUUUUCUACUCCAGACAGAGCAGCUUCGCCAAGCAGGGACCCUUUGUGACACUCUUCUCACUGUGGAGGGCCUUUCGUUUAAAGCACAUGCUCUUGUACUAGCUUUGGCUAGCAAACGACUCAAACGUCAGUUAACGAAUCAACAUGGUCCUGGUCCAGGGUACAGCUGUGCUAUAGAUAGCAUCUCUCCCCAUACAUUUAAACAGAUCCUGGACUAUGUGUACAGCGAAUCGGUGGAGGUGCCCAAAGAUGACUUGGAGGAGCUGUUAAGGGGUGCUCAGUACCUGGAAGUUGAGUCUUUGGUGGAGCAGUGUGAAUCACAAAUUUGGGGCCCAGAGUCCCCAGACAAAGUGGACGGAAAAGGGGUCAAAAAUAACACACGGAAACUCAUUUUACUCAAAGAUGACAAAAUGCACGAAGACUCUCAGAUGUCAAAAAGAAGCCCCCUUUUGGAUGAAGACCUCAAUGAUUGUUCUGUAGAAGAAGAAAUUUCUCCUACCAAUAAAGUUCCAAGAAUUCCUAAGAGCUCACCCCAUAUCCCUAGUUCUCCACCUCCACAGAAGAAAAGCUGCUCUCCUGUGUCUCUUCUGCCACUUAUAUCCUCCAGAGAAACCAAUAUCUCCUCUUGCAUUCCAGCUCCCUCCUCUCGUCUCUGUUUGCCCCCUUUCAGCGCAUCUCGAAGUAUGUUGUUCAACUGUAGAGAAAUCAUGAACUUUCACUCUCUCCGAGCUUCCCAGCACAUGUUGGCCUACCCCUACCCCACACCCAUGUACCCCAUCCUCCAUCGGUCACUCCAGCCCCAGCUGUCCUCUUCACUUAUGGGUUAUACAGGGUUGCUUCACCCCUAUCAUCCGCUCAUACACUCUCCAACACUGACUCAGGACAGUUCUUUUAUUUGUGGUCUAAGACCGAAAAAUGCCUCUACCAAAGCAGCUUUAAAAGGAUCCGGCCCAGAUGAUCAAGAGAGGAAGCCAAAGGUACAAGAGGAGAGGGAGAUAUGCUGCAGACACUGUGGUAAGCCGGCCCUGGAAAACACCUGGAGGACGGCGACUGGGUCGUCACCAUCAGGUUCGGAAGUGAUGACUUUCAGGUGUACGUUUUGUGGACGAGGUGGACGGGAAAGGCGAUCUCUGCGUUCGCUCAGAAGGGGUCUUGGAGAGAAACCUUACCAGUGUAAACAGUGUAGCAAGAGGUUCAGCCUUAAACACCAGCUGGACACACACCACCGAGUACACACAGGCGAGAAGCCAUUUGAGUGUAGACUGUGUGGCCAACGUUCUCGUGAUUAUUCGGCUAUGAUUAAGCACUUGCGUACACAUGGCGGCGCCACACCCUACCAGUGCACCCUGUGUCUGGAGUUUUGUAGCAGUCUAGCAACCAUGCAGAAGCACCUGAAGAAUCACCCCUCCCAAGACUUCCCACCAGACUGGAGUCUGAGCAGCACAUAUCUGUACAACAGCCACACCUGAUGGUGGCAUCUGCUUUCAGCUGCCUGUAGAGCCACUGGACAUUUGGGUCCAGUGGCUUUUUCAACAAAAUGUGUUGAAAAUGUAUUUAAAAUUUUAAUAAUAUUUUUAUUUUUGGUAUACAUUUUAUGAAUCUAAUUGUUAUGUUUUAUUAUUUA